AUGCUGAAAGUGAAUCGACGGAAGGAAAUUAAAGAAAAAGAAGAUUUUCAACUCAAGUUUCAGCUUGCAAUCUCUGCUAACAAUGCUAACGUAUUAAACUGGCUACCGCAAACCCAGGAGAAUGAAUCUCGCGAGGGCAUACCUACCACAAACAGUAAGGACCUGUUUCUUGAUUUACCUGUGAUUUCCGGUGGAGCAGGUCUAUUCGAACUUGAUAGAGACGGCGCAAAUAAUGAUUCUCCAACAAUAGGGUCUUUCCUUAACUCCGAGAAUAUACCUCAAAAGCUGAAUACUGGCACAGCUAGGGAUGUUAGGACAGGCUCGAAAGCCAUGUCCGCUUUGAUGAAUAAGAUGCGAUCUGAUAGUCGAAAGAAUGUUGCUGAAAAAUAUCAAAUCAAAAAAGAGCGAACUGAAUACCGACCUAGACUGAAAAUCAUGGAGGAUAUGAAGAAGCAGAAACAGAAACAGCCAUCAAAGUCGACGAUGAUAGAAUCUAUGGUACACGAUAGCGAUGAGGAGGAAUCCAAAUCGAAACAGAUAUAUGGCAAGAAAACGGCGGUCCCUCAGUUUGGUAAAAAAAAUAAGGGUAGGCCGUUCUGA